AUGGCAUUUCUGAAAAGAGAGCACGUCAGAGAAAAGAGCCCAAUUGGAGCUGCGUCAGCCUCAGAGCCCAAGGAACAGACAAAUCUUACCAUCGCUGAGAAAACUAAGGCCGAAAUUCAUAGCAAGAGCGGCAGGCAGAAGAAGAUAAUCGAGAAAAACAGUGAGCCGCUCAAACCUCUCCCUAAAGAUCAGCUGGACCAGUUCACCUUCUCUGUGCGAUCUGGCCGGCACAAGUCUUCCUCUGUAUGUUGUGGGACAGCCAAGAGAACGCGCCUGGCUGUGCGGCUUCUCCCGUCACUGCUCGGCUUGUCCUGCCAUCCACGUCCUCGUCUGUCUCAGAUUAGUUUGAGCAUUUUCUUCUUUAGUUUAAUGUGGUUUCCCCGCUUGUACCUGCACUACUGGAGCCAGUGGAUCUUCCUGCAGACGCAACAAAUACCCAUCAACAGAUUUUGGUUGGGAGCACACACAGUGGAUCUGGUCUAUCAGGGUUCGCUGUUGUCUACCCUGGAGGAGGUUCUGCUGGUGCUGCUGGGCCCCCUGACCUUGAAUGCAGCUACGCUACUGCUGCUCCUGAUCAGAUGGGGCUGUCAGCUAGUGUUUGGCUCAUCGCCCUCCUUCCUGUCAAAGUUUAUCAUGGCUGCGGCAGUGUGGACAGUGCUGGACCCUCUGGCGGUCUUCGCUGUAGAUGCCAUCCUGGGGCGUUUGUUUUACAGUGCAGAUGAACCAUUAGCAGAUGCUGCCAAGCUCUACUGGCAUUUUUUUCGGACGGAGCAAUCAGGCACAGCAGGCAUCAUCAUAACACUAUUCCUCUAUGGCGUCCACUGUAUCCUGUCCUUCACCUUUAUUUAUGUAUACUUCCUCAGGUACAACACCUUAAACACACAAUCAAACACAAAAUCAAAGUUUUCCUGGAGUUGUUCCAGUGGAAAAUGCUUUGCUUCAUUAGUAAAAUACUCUCAUGCUACUACCAAUAGUUUUGUUUUAACAUUUAACAUUAGCACCGACAUUUGCAGCUCCUUGAUUAUGGAACCCUCAUUUCCUUUAAAAGCAUUUCAGAAUUGA